UGAAGACUGAUCGUGAGACAUCCGCACCAGAAGAUCCAAACAUCGGGUAUCGAAUUUUGAAUUUUCUGGCAGUGUUUUCUGCCUUAUCGGAAUGUGUAAAAUGCAAAAAGUGUGAUAGUGAUGUUCGAUUCUCAAUAGAAAGCACUCGAGGGCUCGGUUUUAAAAUUGUAGUUUCGUGUUCAUCGUGCAAACCGACUUUUAUUCCUUCGUGCCCGUACAUCAAGACUGCUUACGAAAUAAAUACACGAUUCUUUUUUGUUAUGCGUUUAUUGGGGAUUGGUUUGCGUGGAGCUAUGAAAUUUUGUGGCCUCAUGGAUUUACCGCCUCCGGUUCAACAAACGACGUAUGAUAUGAUAAUUGAGAACAUUCAUUCUGCUGCUUCAAGUAUUGUUCAAUUGGUGUUAAAACAAGCUGUAAAAGAAGAACAACAGGAAAUAAUAAAACAAAAUUCGAGUGAUGAUAUCAAAAAACUGACCAUUUCAGGAAAUGGUACGUGGCGAAAACGUGGUUUUACCUCAUUAUAUGGAGUUGCGGUUCUCAUUGGUCACUUGACAGGAAAAGUCGUUGAUUUCAUUGUAAAGUCUGCUUAUUGUGUUGAAUGCAACUAUUGGAAUAAACACGUCAAUACCGAGCAAUAUCAGGAAUGGAAAUCUAAUCACGAAGAAAAUUGCCAGGCGAAUCAUGUCGGAUCGGCAGGCAAAAUGGAAGUAGACGCCAUGAAGGAAUUAUUUUCAAGAUCUGUCGAAAAGCAUGGAGUUAUGUACAUUAAUUACGUCGGGGAUGGCGACUCUAAGACGUACACGGGAUUAGUGAAUGCGAAACCGUAUGGUGAUGAGAUUGAGAUUAUAAAAAAAGAAUGCGUGGGACACGUUCAAAAGCGAAUGGGAACCCGUCUUCGCGAAUGCAAGAAAAAAAAUCCUGGAAUCGGCGGCAAAAACAAAUUGACGGCAAAGUUUAUAGACAAACUGAGCAUUUACUAUGGCUUAGCCAUUCGAAGAAACAGUAACUCCAAGGAUGACAUGAAAAAAGCGAUAUGGGCAACAUUCUACCAUUACGGCUCAACAGACAGCAAGCCUGAACAUCAUUUUUGUCCCGAAGGCCCGGAAUCGUGGUGCAAGUGGCAACAAGCGAAAGCUAAAGGAGAACUGAGGAAUUUCCGUCACGAUUAUUCAGCAUUGCCAAAAACGGUGUUAGAUCCCAUCAAACCAAUUUACGAAGACCUCAGCAAUGACAAAUUGUUGGAACGCUGUGUUGGCGGAUACACACAAAACAGCAAUGAGAGCUUCAACCAACUUAUUUGGAAGAUAGCUUCAAAAACGAUGCACAGCGGGGCCAAAAUUGUUAACAUUGCUGCAUUUCUUGCAACAUGCACGUUCAACAAUGGUGUCACGUCAUUGUUAGAAAUUAUGAACGUAUUAGGAAUAUCAGUCGGAUCGGGCGCGCACUUGUACGCUGCGCAAGAAGACGAAACUCGCAUAGCGAAAGCCGAGCUGCAAGCGCAAGAACAGACUAAAGAAGGUCGAAUACGGCGCCGACAACAAAAUUUAGAAAAUAUGAACAUUCCGUCGACCGUAGAAGACUUACACUAUGGGCCUGGUAUCGAUGAUUCCAUAUGAUUUUUGAAGAAACGCCAGUGGGUACCGUUUACCCGGAUUUUCUUACGGCGCUCCAAAGAUUAUACCACAACCUCGUCAAUUUUUG